GACCGAGGCCCGCCCCUGGCGGCCGUUGAAAAAUGGCGAGUGUCGCAGAGCUGAAGGCUGUUUUAAAGGAUACCUUGGAAAAAAGAGGAGUAUUAGGGCAUUUAAAAGCAAGGAUUCGAGCUGAAGUGUUCAAUGCCCUAGAUGAUGAAAGUGAACCCCGACCAUCACUGUCACAUGAAAACCUUCUAAUUAAUGAAUUAAUUCGGGAAUAUUUGGAAUUUAACAAGUAUAAGUAUACAGCAUCUGUCCUCAUAGCAGAAUCUGGUCAACCUGUAGUUCCACUGGACAGACAAUUUCUCAUCCAUGAACUAAAUGCAUUUGAAGAAUCAAAGGAUAAUACAAUACCACUUUUGUAUGGGAUUUUAGCUCAUUUCUUGCAUGGAACUAAGAAUGACAUCCAAAGUACAUUUCUGAAAGGCUCUUCACUUCAGCCUCCAAACCCAAAUCUUGGCAGACAACUGAGUGGAAGAAGGCAAAUGGGUGACCACCUGCGACAGGAGAAGGGGAGGAGGAUGGAUGCUGAAGAUCCACAUGCUUCUUCCGCGAUGAAGAGAUGACAUUUCCAUCUGGGGCAUCUUUUAUCUUGAACUUGUGUGUAUUAAGUAACUUAUUUAUUCUCCCAACAUCACCAGAAUUCAUCACUAAUAUUUGUACCAUGUAGAAAUGUGAGUUUCUGCAAAACCUGUAUUCCCUCGUGUUUUACUGCAUUUGUGAAUAAAAGCUAACUCUGUCAUCUAGCUUACCGGAUUUGACUUGAAAGAAAUGCAUUGUUUUUAGGAAAAAUUUAAAGUUCCCUUAAUUUGUGAGAAAUGAAAGGGUUUUUUAGUACUUUAUAAAUUCUUCUAAAAAAUUUCAGGUCUUUAUAGCCAUAUGCUCUUUAUGUUCUUUACCAUGUUCUUUACCAUGACACAUUAAUUAAAUUUUCUUCAGGCUGGAAUUAUGUGGAUAUAUAGGAAAAUUCAUUCAUGUUUUUAAAAACAUUUAAAAGAAUACUAGAGCCAGAAAAAACUAUAAUUCCUAUAAAGUUUGUUUUUUACAGGGGGUUUGGGGGGGGACUAGUUGUUUUUCAGAUAACCAUUUAUAAUUAGGUUAAAUAUCUGACUUACUAUCUAAAGCCAAACUUUUUAAACUAGGUAACAAUGUACUUUUUCUUUCCUUAGACCAUUUUGGCUUCUCCUGGGAGAUUUAAUUAAAAGGUAGGGGGGAAAUAAUUCUUUCAGUUUUGCUGUAAGUAAAACAAAGAGUUUAUUACAUGAAGAAUGUGGAAUAAGCGUGAAGAGACAGGCUUUAGGAAAAACACCAGAAAGUACCUUUUAAAAUAUGUCAUUGUUUAACCUCCACGUGGCCUUCACUCGUGCAAUUACAAGAUGAGCUCUGAAAGUCUUAGUAAUGUCGAUUUUUAUUCCUGGGAUAGAAAAAUAGUAAGAGUACUACCUCUGAAAUGCUACUUUGAUAUUUAUUGACAUUUUUAUAAUAUGGAGUCUUCAAACUGAUUUCAUGGAAAACAACAAACUAUUAUAGUAGACAGAGCGUGCUUGGCAAAAGUCAUAAGGUAUGUUCAGACCAAAACGGCAUGGGCGCCUGUACGCUGACAACGUUUAGCUUAAACGUUUUCCACGGGGAAAGUGGUAAGGGCUGUAGUUGGCAGAAUGGGCAUUCUUUCCAGGGUAUUCCUUCCGUGCUGCUUUUGGAAAUUAUUGAAACUUUUGAUUUUAUUUUUUGGUGCUAGUCAGGGUUCAGUCCUUACAGAUCAACCAAGAAUUUUUAUCUAAAUGUAGAAAAUUAUUAAAGAAAUCUCCUUAAACCAUACUUUACAAGUCAAAGGAUUUUGAGAGGCCCUAUUUCUGGGCUAAAAAUUACAUAUAUAGAUGUAGAAGUAUUAUUAUAAGGGCUCACUUCCAUUUUUUAAAUGAAAUCUAUAGUAUCUGAUUACAAUUAUGAAUUACAUUGUGAUAUAUGUGGAAAUAUAAAUAUCUGAAUUCUUCUCAGAGGAUUUGGUUUACAUCCAAGGAUGUUGGCAGUGGACACUUAAGUUUUACCUCAGGAAUUGCAAUAAUGCAGGGCUAGAUUAAGAAAAAAAAUGAUGGAGUUUAUCAUUUUGGAUACUGAUAUAAAAUCAUCAAAAUAGAAGCUAAAUAGAAUUGUCACAUGUAGUCCAUAGUGCUUUUGUACACAUUAUUCCGUAACUUGUUUGUACCUGGGCAACUUUUAUACUUUCAGUGUAUCGUUUAAUAAAAAUAAAAGAAAAAAGCAAUUCACCUUUGUGCAAA